AUGCAAACAAUACCAUCUAUUGCCAAUGAACAAAAUACAAAUGUACAAUUUAAUAUGGAAACCAAAGCUAAAGAAAUAUCGAAUGUGUUACAACAAACAAAUGAAUUACAUGAAGAAAAUUUUGAAAAAAAUGUCACAUCAUUUGUUCUAAAUAGUAGUGAAAAAUUUCAAGGUGAUCUUGAAAUCAUUCGACCGGAAAGUAUUUCUAGUGGUAAAAUGAAUGAAAAUCAAACUCUCAAUUUUGAAUUAGAUUGGAAUGCGGCUCUUCUUUUCUAUCAUCCAUCUAUAGCACAUGAUUUAAAACAAGAAACAAAUACAAUUUUAAUGGGUAAAAUAGCUGAAUUUGUAAAUGAUUCACAAUAUGUAAAAACAAAAGCACAACGAUUAUUUGCUAAAACAAUAUCUCCAAACAUUGUUCAUCAACCAAUGGAAGAAGAUACAAUUGGUAGGAGCUCAUCACCAUCAAAUCUUACAACUAGUAAUGCAGAAACUAUUUCUGCUGCUACUGAAACUAGAAAAUUGCCAGCUCCAUCAAAUGAACCAUCUAAUAAUAUCAAAUCAUCUGCUAAAACUUUUCAUCGUAAUCUUCCUAAAUCAAUAAAAAAAAUUGAUGAUAUUUAUAUAAAUUCUUUAACAAAUGCUUUACGUAAUUUAUUUGCACGUUCUGAAUAUCAUAGCACAAAAUUACAAAAGAUUCAUGAAGAACUUAUUACAUCAGGUCAUAUAUCACCAUUAAAUGAAUUUUAUCGUUCAUCAAAUGAAGCCUUACGUGUAACAGUUGAUCAUUGUAAUACUUAUGCUGAUUUAAUUAAAUGGACUUUAUCAUUAUUACAAACAAAUAAUAAACCAAAUUUAAUUAAUUUUGGUCAUGAUCUUUAUUUGAUUGCAAUUGAUUUAGAAUUUGCAUUAAUUCAAAGUAUUGAUAAUACACGAUGUGCAAUUGAUAUACAAGAAAAUCUCAAACAUGAAUUACAAACAAUUACCGAAAUUGAUUUACGAGAAAUUAAUUCUUAUUUAAAUGCUUCUCAAUUGGAUAAACUAGUUCAUUUAUCAAAAAAACUUAAUGUUAUUUCAAAAGAUCGUAUGAUCUCAGAUCUUAAUGUAUUACUUCUUCAUCUUAUUCAAGUUUGUCAUACAUUCGAACUUAAAUAUCGUCCAAUGCAAACACAUAUUCGUGAAAUAGCAGAAAGAUUUAAAUCUCGAGCUGUUACUGAUCUUGUACGUAAACUAGAUGAAAUUGAAAAACGUUUAGCAAAAAAUUUUUCAAUAACAUUUUAUGGUCUUAGUAAACGUAUGAAUCAAUCUCGAUUCAUAUUAAUGAAAUAA